UUAUUAAUAAGAAACAAUUAAAUAUUGCAGAUUUCAGUUCCUAAUCAUACUUUUCAAACGUUAUUGUAAAAAAGUUAAUUUUUAUGACGUUAACAGUGUAAAAGACAUCUAUAGCUAUGGAUCCUUUCGUAAUUGCAGCUAUUAUCAGUGCUAUAGUCAUAAUUAUCCUCUCUAUUGCUUUUGUGAGAGUCUCCAAGCCUAAGGCCCAAGCCCGAGCACAGCCUAGAGCUGUCCAGCAGAGAGAAGGGGGUCCUGGAAGAGUACAGGCCGUCAGAAACCAAAGAGCUCGCAUGAGAGCAAAUGCUGCUAGACACCAAGCAGCUUUGCUGGAAGAAGAACCUGGUGUAGCUGACGAGCCUGAUGAAGAGAAUCCUCCUGAAGCCCAAAAGGUUGAGUUCCCCGAUGACAAGAUGGGAGCCAAGAAACGAGCUAAAAUGGAAGCCAAGAUGGAAAAGAAGAAGGCACGUGAAGCUGAAGAGCAUAUGAGAGAGAUCAAGAAACAGAAGGAUCAGGAAAUGGAGGAAGAAAGGCGCAAAAAAGAGGAGGAAGAAAAUGAAAAAGAGCGACAACGCGAAGAAGCCGAACGCAAAGCUGAAGAAGAGCGUAAAAAACGCGAACAAGAAGAAUACGAGGCUCUGAAAGCAGCUUUCACAGUUGAGGGUGAAGGUUUUGAGGAGAAUGAGGAGCAGGACAGUAAUAGCUUGCUGAAGGACUUCAUUGAUUAUAUAAAGGCACAAAAAGUAGUUCUACUCGAGGACUUGGCAGCACAUUUCAAGUUAAAAACCCAAGCUGCCAUUGACAGAAUACAAGAACUUCAAGCAUCUGGAGAAAUAACCGGCGUCAUUGAUGAUAGAGGCAAAUUCAUCUACAUCUCAUAUAAGGAACUUGAAGACGUCGCCAAGUUUAUUAAGCAGCGAGGAAGGGUCUCCAUAACAGAGUUAGCAGAAUGCAGCAAUGAUUUGAUCAACUUGAACCCAGUCACUGUUCCCUAAACGUCUAUAGAGCUCUCAACACAUUAUUGUAUAAAAUGUAAAUUUUUUGUUAAUAGAAACAAAGACAAAAUUUUA